CGAUUCCGUACAUCUCGGUUCGAGAGUAGCUUAUGUAAUGCACCGUAGCCGAGUCCGCAGAGUUCUCAGUUUCGUCAACGUCCCGUUCUUGCCAUUCGACGAAUAUAUCCAUUGCGCUUUAGCAGUCGACCCGUUCCAUUUUCUAUGUCUCUAACCCGUCUUUUCCACUCUAGCCUUAAAAUGGCAUCCAACAUAAUAGGAAAGUCCGGUCGCGUGUACGUUCCGGGCGAGGUGCUCCAGCGCCAUCAUAAGGACCACAAGCUUAGCAUCUUCAAAGCGCAGUCCGGACAUGAGGUUUUCGUCUUCAAGCGCGUACCCAGGCCGUUCUACGAUUUGUCUCUACGUCUCGCAGCCGAGUUUGCAGGCUCCCGUCGGCUUCGAAUGCACAUCGAUUGCAAUCAGGAAGAAUGCAUUCUAAUUUAUCCCUAUUUCAAAGGCACCCUCCUGUCCUUGAUUCAGGACAAGCCGGACCUUCAUGUGCUAGAACGAAAGAAAAUCAUGCGACAUACAGGAGAAGCAAUACAAGAACUUCAUUCCAAAGACUGGAUCCAUAUUGAUGUGAAGCCUGACAACAUUUUGGUUAAUUGGACCUGCGACGAACAGGGCAAUACAACAGUCACUAAUGUAGCCCUGGGUGAUUUUGAUAUUGCUUAUAAGUCGGAAAACGGAGAACCUCGUCAGACACCUUAUGCAAUAGGCAAUGCGAUGUGGCGAAGCCCAGAAGGACAGACUGGAAUGGGUGUUACCAAGGCAUCCGAUAUAUUUUCGUUUGGACUCGUAUGCAUAUAUGCCCUCGGGGGCGGAGAACUCCUGCUUUUAAAUGAUUACCAGGAGCUAGUAAAAAGGGGUAUACCCCCAGAACAAGAGAUUUUGACUCGACACUUUUCGUAUUUUGGGCUAGUCCCCGAAGGGCUCCUUAAGCAAGUCAAUAGUGAUGUUUGGCGUGAUGCUUUGAUGGAAGCGUCAGCAGCGGCUGAGAACGCAGUCAAGGACCAGCCUGAGAUGAAGUUUGAACAUUGGGGGGAGGAAAUUGGUCCCGAGGCACAGAGCAUGAUAUCUACAAUGAUAAACCCAGAUCCAUCGGCCAGAGCAACGAUAGAUGAAGUCUUAGCGCAUCCAUGGUGGCAGGAUGAUUCUUAAUUCGCUGUUCAUGGUUGCUGCAAGGGCGGAAGCAAUGAGAAAUCGUAACCCCAUAACUCCAAGUCGGUAUCAAUAUUACCGUUACCAUCUUCCAUCAACUCGCCAAUGUAUCCGAUGUCACAAUUAGGUUCACGAACCAGCGGCCAUUCAUUGUUGAUUGUUGACGAGCUGUAGUCCCCUCCAAAUGACGGAGCAAAAUUCCAGGUAGUGUCAGAAGUCGAGAGAAUGUCGUGGAUACCUGUAAAUGCUGGCGCAGUCAAAGCCAUAGUCGAAUCAUUGCCAGAAAGAAGAUUUACAGUAGGCAUAGUAUGCUCCGCUUGCCCCAUGCUGCUGUUUGGAAUCUGGGGAGUGGUAGGUGUCAGGUUAGAAACUAUCAAAUGUCAGU